CUUUGACAGUGGUCCCAAGUUGAGUACAGUCACAGUGGCUCUGCGGUGAGGAGACGGAUGGGGAGAGCAAGAGAAAGUGAUUCGUUUGGACGCCGAUUUCAUUGAGACGCUUCACCUCCAUCCUCCCUUCUUUUGAAGAAAAGGAAUAAGAAUUAUUUAAGCUACUUUUCAGUGAACACACAGACUUAAGGGAAAGUGGUGGGACUGCAUGAAGACGGGAGACAGGAGCUCCUCUCACUGAUCUGGAUGUAACAGGGACCUGGGGAGGUUGUUUUUUACAAUCCAAUUUGGAAAUGACUCAAGCGGCUGAUGUGAAUGAAAGACAAGGGAAGUGAUCUGUGAGAGAGAUAAUGAUAUCUGCAGCAAGAGAUUUUACCUGAUUUUUUCGGUUUCCUUUAAAUGGUUUAUUCGCCUUAAAAAAAUAAUAAUAAUAAUAAUAAAAAACUCAAAUAAUCUGAUAAUCUGAGUGAGUCAGUCAAAGUUGAUCCAACUUCAGGUGUAUUAUGGAAUCUAGGUGUCCCCUACCUUGUGGUCAGUUUUGAAUCCGUUAUUAAACAUUUAUUGUGUGAGAUUGUUUGACAUAACUGAAAGUUGAACAUGGACAUGAACAUGGACACCGACUUCCUGAAGUCCACCCCCGGCGAGGUCGGAGGAGGCGCACCGCCUGCGGACUUCCAUGAGACGGAGAAACUGCUGGCGGUGACCACGGAGCCCGGAGGCAAUGGGAUGAAAAUGUCCACCUCGUUCACGGUCAACGUGGGCGGCGACAAGGGCCUGGACCCGGACCUGAACGGCCACAGCGUCGCCACGAGAUCGGGCUCCGUGGGGCAGCUGGCCGCCGCCGCCCCCCUCUCCCCGUCCAAGGCCAGCCUGAGCCGCUCCUCCACCGGGAACGCUGGCGUCCAGGAGACCCCGAAGCCCAAGGAUUACCUCAUCCUGGUCAUCGUCUCCUGCUUCUGUCCCGUUUGGCCCAUCAGCAUCGUCGCACUGGUUUACUCCAUCAUGUCUAGAAACAGCCUCCAGGCGGGGGAUAUGGACGGGGCCAGGAGGCUCGGGCGGCUGGCUCGUCUGCUCAGCAUCGUCUCCAUCAUACUGGGUGUCGUCAUCAUCGUAGUCUACGUCUCAGUCCACGUAACCACCAAAUGACACGGAGGAACCCCGAGGAGACGAUAAAAGCCAAACAACAGACGCAACCUGCGGAAAAAAUAAAGUCCAUUCCAAAAGAAAUGAAGUACGGUUCAUAACUUAAUGCCAUACUGUAAUUAUAUCAUGACCACCUUCAGAGUGCAAAGAAAAGAAAGAAAAUCAAAACAUUAAACAGACAAUUCAUGAGAGAUGGUCUUGAAAGCAAGUAAACAAAUAAAAAUCAUUCAGAGAAGCAUGCAUUAGGAAUACUGUAACAUUUGCUUGAUGAAAAAAAGAAGAAGAAAAAUCCUGAUUUAAAGUGUUCAGGUUAAAACAGAGGAAAAAGAAAAUGUAGAUUUGUGUGUGGCCAGAAGGAGCUCCCGAGCUUUCCUUUUGGAAUAUGGACUUCUUAAAAAAAAUGAAGAGGACGAUCUGUGCGUGAGGACAGUGAGUGAAAGACUUUUUUUUUUUUUUUUUUACAUCUGCGAGAAGCGGAUUCUGGGUUUGGGCGGCCGCAUUAUAAUCCUCAUGUAUUCCUUACCGAAACCUCUUGCAUUCGAAGCAUAUUCAGCUACAAAUAUAUUUGAAAUAUGGAUAUAUGAAUAUAGAAAUAUAGACCUUGUAUAUGUACAUUUUAUAAAAAUGUUUGUAUGCCAAGUGGUGCCGGGUUUGCUAAGACUGUCGCAGCGGCUGAUUUGACAGCGCUCGGAUUAUCGGUGGAAAUUCAAGGGUUUGUGAACGGGGGCAGGGAACACGAUUUUUAUUUUUUUUUUUAUUUAUUCAAGAAAAAAAAGAAAAAAGACUGAGACCAACUGCAUGCUCGAAUGUAGAUAACCGGAACUCUGCCUUCAUUUUGACUGUUAUUACUCAUUUCUUAUCUUACUAAGACGCCCAGGUUUGCACAUGGAGGAGUGAUGUAUGUACGUUACGCGAGUCAAGCCACUGUAGAGCGAAUGAGGACCGUGAUCCAACCUCCUCACCCACCUCAUGUCUCAAAGAUCCCUUGCCUUGCAGAGACUGAAAGGCAUGCCAGAUUUUCCGCCACCUUUAACUUACCCCUCACAUCCUCCUACCAUGUACCACAAACCCCCAGUGACUGCUGCCCCUCGGUUUUAUUCCCUCCUUCCAAACUCCCUGUACCAUUCUUACAUUGUUAUACAUUGACUGUUAAAUGCUGUCGUUUCACUGAACAUUGUUUUUCUGCUCCUUGUAUUGGUAUGAAAUGUAUUUAUAUGGUUAAAUAUAUAUGCAAUAUCUACGCAUGCUACAGGCCAAACAGGCUCACACACGCACCUAUUUUAUUUUUGUAAAUGAGAAGGUCUAUACUUCGACUGGGUAACAACAAAUAGCAUUUAAAGAAAACCCAAGCACGACGAAUUGUCUGUAUUCAGUCCGCACUGUAUGAAGUUCUACUGUAAAUACACAGGACUGUGGUAUUGACAUAUAACAGGCUUACGUUCUAAGCACAGGACAAAAAACAAAACAAAACAAAAAAACAAAUGAAAUCACAGUAUGAUCAUUGUUCAAAUGCUCAGUUUAAGAGAUUCUUUUGGGCUUUUAGGUUUUUUUGAAUCAGGUUAUAUUUAUGGAUGACGUGUGUUGGCUUCCAGUGGUUGUUUAAGGGCUACCAGACGUAAAAAAAAAAUAAAAUAAAAUAAAAUAAAAUAAAAUAAAAUAAAAUAAAAUAAAAAAAGAAAGAAAAAAAGAAAAACACCAGCUUGAAGACGCAGCUAAAUUGAUUACAUCUAGACCUAAACUGACCAUCAUCAAUGUAAAGCUGCGUGAGUGCAGCCUGCCAAGUAUUAUAUGGCACAAAUAAUUGUGAAAAAGGGGCUUUUAUCAGUUCCAUUCCAAACCAUCGCUGUACAUAAAAAAACUCACUUUAUCCAAACAUCAGAAAGCAGCAAAAUCCAAAGAUUCCCCAUGUUUACUCAGCGCAGGCCGACUGCUCUAACUUUAUUCUGUGACAUGCACAUGACUCAUCUCUCAGACUGGUGGUCGGGAGCACACUGGUUUAGCCUAAGCGCUGCUCUGUCAGUAAAACAGUUCAAAUGUUCCUUUUUCUUUCUGUACGUCACUGUGUUUCUUUUACGGUUUCCUGUAUGUGCCGGUUCUCAUCUCUGUGGUGUACAUUUUGCAUGUCAGGAAAUAAACGUUACCAUGCAUGGUCCAA